AUGGACCCAGACACCGGCAUUCCCGGAGAACCCGAACCCUCCGUCUUCAGCUAUGUGCUCUCCUUCCUACUUGUCGGCGUCGCAUGGGGCUUCACAACCCCCUUUAUCCGCCGCGCAGCAGCAGACUUCAACGCCCGACAAGAGAAACAAGCAAACGAAUCGAACUCAGGGCGCGGGAGAGCAUACUCGCAAGACUCUCCAGAAACCGGAUUCACGGAUGCGGGAGAAGAGCAGGAAUUGCUCUCUCGGGACAUUGACUCCGGUGACGAGGAAGGUGUGCGGAGACGGAGUACCAGCAGCAGUGAUGUGAACCGGAAAUCGAAGGCUCCAGAUGCUGAUACUGGACUUGAUGGUGGAAUUGCUGGACAGAGUAGCAGUCAUGAUACCACAGAAGCCAGGGAAGACGGCGCAGAUGAGGAGCAGGAUGAUGUACCCUCGCCAGCGUGGAGACGUGGAACUCCCGCGAAGCACUCAUGGCUGCGGGCGAAGAUUGUGUCUAUUUUCUGGACGGUUGUGAAUCUGCUUCGCACGCCUGCGUAUGCGAUUCCCUUGAUUAUCAAUCUCACGGGCAGUAUUUGGUUCUUUUUGCUUGUUGGAAAACAUGAACUCUCUUUGACUGUGCCGCUUGCAAACUCGAGCGCGUUCCUGUUUACUGUUCUUGGGGAAUGGUAUGUUGAUCGCAAGGUGAUUGCGAAGCAGACAUGGUUGGGGAUGGGGCUGGUACUUGGAGGGAUUGCAUUAUGUGUGCAUUCUAAGAACCAGGCUUCUUGA